GUAUCUAACAUGGCGAACAAAUAUGAGAGAGUCGGCUCUCGGUGUAACAGUGAGAGUUGUGCUUCAUCCCUCAAGCUGACCCCCAACCCUACAAACAGACACGAAGAAACAGAUGAAACAGAAAGUAAGCUAUCUGAACUGCAAUCAAACGGCAAUCCUGCCGACGGCACAGUUACAUCCAGCUGUGUUUUGUUGAAGUUAAACUCUGAUAAAGAAAGUGUUGCAUUUAGAAGAAAGAGAUAUUACCCCCUGCUUGUUUUCAUCACUGCAGGAGUCAUGGUAUCCUGUCUGGGACUAAUCUUCUCCUACGCUACGGGUAACAUGACCGUCUCCAGAUGUUUUAUAGCUGUUGGAGGGUGGUCUGUUCUUGUGGGGGUAGCGUUUCAGUUCAGACACUAUUUCAUGAUCGAACAGUGUUCAGUCAUCGAGAAGUGCUUGGAUAUUGAAAAAGAGACUGACAUGGAGAAGGCAAGCUAGACUCUUUGUUUCAGGACGAUAAG